CGUGACGUCAGAACAGAAUGGAGUCACAUGGAAGCCGGGAGCCAACGUCUGGAAAAUCUUAUGGAAUAACAAAUUUAGGCUAAAAAUAUGAAUCUUUUUUUAAUCUAACUCAUAAGCCUCGCCGCCUCCUUGUCUGAACGUGCACCGCUGCGCAGAGGUAGGCUGGCCCUCCGGAUCUGGGGCAGAAUAUAAACUCACAGCCGGUGGGACAGUAUGGAGGAAUGCUGGAUGUUUACGGACUGUAUCGCCGACCGUGACGCUACACGGUUACUUUUUUACUGCUAUAGCUAACACCCGGUUUCUUGUUGUCUUAAACAUCUGGUUAAAAGUAGCUAGCAUAAAACAAGUUAGUGUUUGACGUUACAAGCUAGCUAACUCUUCGGUGAACGGUUUCAGCCGUUACUAACCGUUAAUAACCGGCCGGUAACUUAGCUACCAACAGUGCGUUCAACUGUGAUUUUAGUACUCCGAGGACAUGCCUGAAAUCUGAAGGUUUUUAAAGUUUUACUCAAGUUUUUGUCGAAAAAUGAAGUCUCCCCUGGCUCCCGGCAUACGGUUGAUCACGUCCUUUUCUCGAGAUGGUUGGUAUCGCGGUUUUAUCCUGUUCCUCACCUUCCUCUUCUACACGGCCUACCAUCUCUCACGGAAACCUAUCAGCAUCGUUAAGAGUGAGCUGCACAAAAAUUGUUCCACAGUCAUUCCGCCACCAGACCUUAACAUAACCAAUAAUGAGACGUGGUGUGACUGGGCGCCCUUUGACCAGGACAACUACCAGACCCUGUUUGGGAUCCUGGAUAACUGCUUCCUGGUUGCCUAUGCCAUCGGCAUGUUUUUCAGCGGGAUCUUUGGAGAGCGCCUGCCUCUGCGGUAUUACCUGAGUUUUGGAAUGCUGAUGAGUGGAUUGUUCACAUGUCUGUUUGGCCUCGGCUUCUACUUGAAAAUCCACUCGAUUUAUUACUAUGCAGUCAUCCAGGUCUUCAACGGGAUCAUGCAGACCACCGGCUGGCCUGCAGUGGUGGCCUGUGUCGGCAACUGGUUUGGAAAGGGGAAGCGCGGCUUCAUCAUGGGUGUGUGGAACUCCCACACCUCAGUGGGAAACAUCCUGGGCUCCCUCAUUGCAGGAGCCUUCGUGUCCUCGGCGUGGGGAAUGUCCUUCAUCGUCCCGGGACUCAUCAUCGCCUCCACUGGGAUCCUGUGCUUCUUUUUCCUGGUUGAGAAACCUGAAGAUGUGAACUGCACCACUCCUCAGCACCACAGCGAAGAGGAGAGAAGCGAGACGGAGCCUCUCCUGCAGAACUCGUCACAUAUCGAGAGAACCGCCAACGGUGCCAUCACCGUCGAGCCUUCAGAGGUCGCAGCGGAGCCCACCGAGGCCAUCAGCUUCUGUGGAGCUCUCAGUAUACCAGGAGUGGUGGAGUUCUCUCUCUGCCUGCUGUUCGCUAAGCUGGUCAGCUACACCUUCCUGUACUGGCUUCCUCUCUACAUCUCAAAUGUUGCACAUUUUGACGCAAAAGAGGCCGGCGACAUGUCAACGCUGUUUGAUGUUGGAGGAAUCUUUGGAGGCAUCAUGGCCGGCCUUGUGUCAGACUACACGGGUGGGAGGGCGACGACCUGCGCCUUCAUGUUGAUCGCUGCAGCCCCAAUGCUUUUCCUCUAUAAUUACAUCGGACAAAGGAGCAUUGGUACUACAGUCGGUAUGCUGCUGCUGUGUGGAGGCCUGGUGAACGGACCGUACGCCCUCAUCACCACGGCUGUCUCUGCUGACCUGGGAACCCAUGAGAGUCUGAGAGGAAACUCCAGAGCAUUGUCAACAGUAACAGCAAUUAUUGACGGGACCGGUUCAGUAGGUGCUGCGGUGGGUCCUCUGUUAGCAGGUCUGAUCUCUCCCACCGGCUGGAACAACGUCUUCUACAUGCUCAUCUCUGCAGACAUCCUCGCCUGUCUGUUUUUGUCCAGGCUUGUUUACAAAGAAGCACAGGGUUGGUGUCGACGAAGCCCAUGAGCCAGAGGGUUUAUUUCCUAAAAUGUCAUACUUCAGGUUCAAGGCAAUCUGAAUCAUGAUCACACUGCGGACCGAACAAAGAACUCAGGAAAAAAUGCAGAAACUGACCUCUGGGUACAUUGGAACAAACCUUUUCCGUUUGUGCAGAAUGGAAACCAGCGGAAGAUUCACGGCACUAAACGAACAAUUGACGCCUUCUUCUUAUUUUGAAGCAGAGAACAAAAUGUCUUUAUUUAGACAAAGCUUUUUUAUGACUAAUCUACUCAUUCUUCCUUGUUUGUUUUAUUAAUCUUUUAUCAUUAAACUGUGCAUUUUUUAUA